AUGGCUGCAGGCCUGGAGAAGGGUGGAGUGACCGAGUGUGCGAUAGUCUACUGCAUCACGGCAGAGGUGAGGGCCAAGAGACAGCGGACAUUCAGCAACUUUGCCACCACCUCACACGUCAUGGAAGACAUGAAGAACGACUUCAAGGGAAAUGAACUGCUGCUGUUACGUCUGGUCUCGUCAGAGGAGUCCCGCGUCCUGGACUCUCUCCUGGCAUUCUGCUCUCAAGUAUCCUCUCUCUGCAGAGCCAAGGUCAUUUCCAAAAAGGACAUAGAGGUGGAGGCAGAACUGGUGGCUGGUCGACGUAACGCAGCCUGUGAGCCAAAGGAACUCUACGGCAUCUUUCUACAGAAGUUGAACCUGGCGGAGGCUGCGACUGACCUGGAGUCUGCCGUCUCCAUCAUCUGCGGGAGCCAGACUCCGCCCACCUGGCUGCGGACCCUGCAGGAGGCUCAGUGUGACAGUUGGGACUACCCAAAGCUGGCCUGGCACAACCUCGCUUGGAAGUACCUGCCAGCCAUCCAGACGUGCAGCUCUCCCCUCCUCCACACACACAACCUACCUCCUGACGCGGAUAGCCCACCUCCACUUCACUCUGGAGAGGGCGUGGACCGUGUCCGAUCUGGUCAUCUCCACGCUCCACGCCAUGGCCAGGCAGAAACGAGCUCUCAAGCUGCCCUGCCCGACGGGUCGUAUUGAUUGCUGAGGCAUACAUGGCUGUAAUGCAACAGUGUUCUGCGCCAUUAUGUCUCGAGUGAACCCGACACCCUGGUGACUUCACCCCAACCACAAACCCUCCCUCCUCCUGGUCCGCGCCCCAGGCUGGAACUCCGCCCUCGAGAAGCUCACUAAUUGGAGGCCUUGUGGACUGAUGCCUGCCAAAAAGCAUAGAAACAGAACACUUCCUUAUUCACACUCUCAUCAUAUGGAAAUCUCACCCGUUCCUUUUGAAGUGAGAUCCAAGGAGAUGGUGGAAGAUCAAAGGGAGGAAGCUCAGGGACAUCAUCAUAUCUAAAGACUCGGUUAAGCAAGCUUACCUGAUGCUGGUGUUGAGAUGUGGAUGAUUCGAGAAUUCAAGAUGCCGGGAAGAGAAGGAUGGGCUUUAGAGGCGGCCACCAAGAUGGCCAAGUCUCAACGGUCAGUGGGGGAAGGGAAAAGUGGCCUUGUUAAUUCAUAUUUUUAGUCCAUGGUUACUCAGUGACCGCAAGAAAAGAAAAGUUAUUAGACAGAGGUUAGGACGCUAAGAGCAUUGAAAAAUGCAAUUUUGUGACUCAAAACUACCAGAAUUCACGUUGCAUGCUGCACACCUUGUACAACUAUAGCAGCAGUCAAAAAAAUUAAUGUUGAGUGUUGUUUUUCAAUGACGUAAUCAACUACUCAAACAUAUACAACUGGCAAAGCUACACA